AUGCCGCCAAGAGAAGAAUUCCCUACAAAAGCUUUGGAUGGUGCUCCAAAUAAUGAUAUUGGGUGGUAUUUUGAAACGCCAGAACCCGGAAGUCGCAACAAUGUUCGUUGCAAACUUUGUAAUGUGGUAGUAAAAUGUGGCAUUACAAGAUUGAAGCAACAUAUAGCACAUAUGAAAGGACAAGUUGCAGGUUGUGCUAGAGUAACAACUAUGGUUAGAGAAAAUAUGAUGAAACUUCUACUUGAUUCAAAAGCAAAGAGAAAUGAUUCUAAAAGAAGAAAAGAAGAAUUUGAAGAACGUUUAAGAGGAGAUGUUGAAGAUGAAGAUGAAGAUGCGGAUACUCUUAUUGAUGAUCAAUUGAGAUAUGCAACACAACAAAGCCUUAGAUCACAUCAAGAAUGGGAAAAUAUGCAACAGUUCAGACGAGAAACAACAGGUUCUGAAAAUGUAUACGAACAUGGCGGAAGCUCUCGUGUCAGUGUUAGUGGGGCUGAAAGGCCAGAAGAUAUCUCUUUUUCUUUGAGAUCUACUAAUAUUGAUCUUGUUAGGAGCAAAAGCAUGAAGCAACUAAGAGCUGGUAAAGGGUUUUUGAAGACAUGGAGGAAAAGGCUUGGAGAGGCUGUAAGAAAAUUUAUAAUUUAUGAACGUUUGCCUAUGAAUUUAUCUAACUCUCCUUGGUUACAUAAUUUUCUUUAUACUGCUUCUGAGGUUGGAAAAGCCAAAUGUCCAACUCCUUAUGAAAUCUCAAAUGUUUACUUAGAAGCUGAAUAUAAGGAAAUGUUGGAGUGGAUAAAUGGUAUGAAAAAAAAUUGGCAAGAAAGAGGACCAACAAUAAUGUGUGAUGGUUGGACAGACAACAUCAACCAUACUCAUAUUAUGAAUUUCUUCAUAUAUUGUCACAAAGUUGUGGAAGAAGUGGGUGAAGAGUAUGUAGUUCAAGUGGUAACAGACAAUGAAGCCGCAUUAAAAGCGGCUGGUCAAAAGCUUAUGGAGAAGAGACCCCAUUUAUAUUGGUCUUCUUGUACUGCUCAUUGUUUAGAUCUUUGCCUGGAGGAUAUAGGAAAAAAAGAAAAGCAUACAAAACUUAUUAAUAGAAGCAAAAAUGGUGACAACCUUCAUCUAUAA